AUGGCCAUGAAUAACUAUCAGUGGCCUAGUGAACGAGAUAGAAAUAAGAAGGUAGCUGGUAUGCAUGAGCUGGAUGUUAUUACUACUCUCACUGCUCAGGUUGCAUUAUUGACCAAGAAACUGCAACAAAAUUCUAUGGCCACUCAAGUCAUGCAAAUCCAAGCGGUAUGUCAUAAUUAUGGUGGUCCUCACCCAUUUGAGCAGUUCAUGGUAGUUGAGAUGAACAACUCCAUUCCCAUGGAACAGUUAAAUAUGAUGGGAAAUUUCAAAAGGAAUCUUGAGAUGCAAGUUGGUCAAUUGGCCAAUAUGUUACAAAGUAGACCUCAAGGAAAUUUGCCAAGUAAUACAGAGGUGAAUCCUAAAGAGCAGUGCAAUGCGAUCUCUUUGAGGAGUGGGAAGAAGUUGGAAGAGUCAGUCAAGAAGUCUAUACCUGCACCAAAAGUUGAUGUUGAGAAUGAGGGUAAGGUAGAAGAAGAGGUUAUUGAAGACCUUGAGAAGAAGCAAUCACCAGAGAAACUACCUCCCAAGCUUAAAGAUCUGGGUAGUUUCUCGAUUCCUUGCUCAAUAGGAGAUUCUGUUAUGACCAAGGCUCUAUAUGAUUUAGGGGCGAGCAUUAAUCUAAUGCCGCUUUCUGUUUUCAAAAGAUUAAAGCUUGGGGAAGCAAGACCUACAACAGUGACUCUUCAGUUGGUAGACAGAUCAAUAGCACAUCCUCGGGGAAUUAUUGAAGAUGUUCUGGUAAAAGUGGACAAGUUCAUCUUCCCAGCAGACUUUAUUGUACUUGAUAUGGAGGAGGAUGCCAACGUGCCAAUUAUUCUUGGAAGGCUAUUUUUAUCAACUAGUAGAGCCUCAAUAGAUGUGCAAAAAGGGGAGUUGAAGUUGCGAGUGCAAAAAGAAAAGGUAACAUUUAAUGUUUUUGCAGCAGCGGAUGUUCCAACUUGUUGUAGAGUUGAUGUGGUGGAAAGUAAGGGUAAUAAGCUUGAAGUUACUAAGAAGAAAUCUAUGGUUGAAGGUGGAAAGCGAAUAGUUCAUCAGAAAGUGAAAAGGAUGUUUGUGAGAAAGUUCGAUUGA